GAAUUUUUUUGUAAGUGAUGGGUGAAUAAAAGGUGGACUUUAAGAGAUGUUUUGUGCAUGUGAAAAAGGCCAUAUUACUAUUAGGACCAUCAAAAAUGAUGGCCUUCAGCUCAGUCUCUCCCCCAACCUCCUCCCCCUUAUUUUACUACCCCCAUAUUUUGCCUUCUUCACACAGCAUGUAUUAAAUAGUUAUAUGGAAGGGGAUGGCCAGAGAAGGAAUUUUAGUCUCAUGAAAAGUGGUGGUGGCGUUGAUGAUGGCCAACCCAUGAGAAAUAAAACUGUGGAGAAAGUGAAGGUCAAAGCAACAUAAAAAUAAGAACGAGUUUUGGAAGAGUAAUUUCGGCCAAAAGAAAAAAUUUUUUAAAGUCCUGCGCAUCUCUGACCAUUAAUAAUAAAAUAAAAAUAAAAAUUUUUAUAAGGGAAAAGAGAGAAUUGUUGCUUCCAUUUUUCAGCUCCCGCCGCGAAUCACCAGCCACAUUGCUAAUGCCUGGUCAGGCCAUCACUCAUGGAAAGGGCCGUAGAGGGCAAAGAGGAAGUAGUAGUAGAAAAGGGGAGUAUUUGAUGGAAUUGUAGGGGGAAGAGGGAAUGACAGUCACAAACGCGCAUCAAGGCCAAAAGAAGCAUUUUAGGGUUGUUUUUGUUGUA